CAUUUCUCAUCCUUCAAAAUUCUCUUCUUUCACUUUUGUUUCUCAAGUAGGGAGAACGACAUCAAUGGCAUGGAGAGACCCAACCCAACCGCAGCAGGGCAGCGACACGGAGCUUCUUGCAAUUGCCGGAGCUCAUCAGCAAUCGAAGCUGUUCGUUCUCUGCGGCGAUCGCUUCGAGUCGUCGAAGCUUCUCCGGUCGGGCGAAUUCUCGGCACGAAGCAUUCGGUUGGCCGGGAGGUCAGUGGCAAUGGCGACGUGCAAGGUGGGAGACCAUGAGUGGAUGCUCGCGAAGGAUUCGAUGGCGGUUAGGAUUGCCGAGCGGGCGUUUGUUUUCGCGUUGCCGGGAGUGCUGUAUGGGCUCUGCGUGUCGAGGGAGAGCUCCGGCGAUGUUUUCCGGAAGCUGGAGGGGAUACUGGCCAGCUUUUGCGCUUAUCAGGAUCUGGUCGGAAGGAAUGGAUCCGACUCUCCGCAUGACGAAUCCGAAAUAUGGACUCGCGCCUACGAUAACCUGAAGAACCUCGCCGCCCAAAGCAGCACCAAACUCACCGCCGCCGCCGCCGCUUCAGUAGUAAAGUCUCCAUUUUCCGGCGUCGGCGGAGGCUGCUGUACCAUCUUCGACAUCGUUGAAACCAAAAUUCAGCGAGCAGUGAGAAUGUCGGCCGCUGUGAAGCUCACCUCUCGCGCCCUCCUCAGCGGCGCUCUGCUUCCCCGCGAUCACCUCCAGGUAGCGUUUCCACCACCAGCUGCAACUGCUCUUCCAACCGUCUGGACGCUCGCCGCCUUGCUUGACGCCAUAGAAUCCGGUGGAAGCUCUGCUGCGGCGGCGGCGGUGCCGAGGGGGAGAAAGGUGGGAUUUUGGUGGCUGAGAAAGGAAGGAGUGGAGCUUUUGAUUGAAGCGGUGAGGGCUUACGGUGUGGCGGCGAGGAAGAAACCGAAAUUGGAUGGAGUUAUGAAGUCAGAGUCGGCUUUUGAAGAUGGUGGAGAAAUGGGGGUGAGCAGGGGAAGUGAGAGGUGGAGGCAGAGGAGAAGUUGGAGAUGUAUGGAAUACUAAUUAAUUGCUGCUUAAUUUUAUGGAUGAUCAAGAUUAGCGUUUGUAAUUUGUUGGAACUUCUGUAAAUUAAGUUUUUAAUGGUAAGUUUAGGUU